AUGAUCCAACAGACUGUUAGGGGACGGCUGUUAAGUGAUUUGAAACUAAUGGUUAAUCUGAGAUCGGGUGGAACGCCUGAUUUAACGAAGGACUACGUGACGACGCGUAGAAGAAGUCCUCAAACACCGGAGGCACAACAAGAAGGACUGGACGCAGGUCUACCAACACCUGCAACCAACAGAAAGGUGAUUGCCCGAGGGGCUUUUGAACCUGACGAGACAAUCGAAGAAGAAUCGAACAAGUCGAAUAUCGAAUACGAAGACCCAAUUGACAACAAUGAGAUGUCGGAUAACGCGGGUGGCUCUAGUAGCCGUGAUGAUGUGAGUGAGGAAACUCGCAUGAGAUUGGAGAUCGCGAGACUCCAGCAUGAAGUCCAACAGAUGAAAGCAAGUAGAGGUGAACCCUCUGCUAGUGAUGAGAACAUUAAUGCAGAUUUAGCAAACUAUCUGCAGAGAAAAGGCAGAACGUCUGCUAUUGUGAAGAUUCUUAAUGAAUUCCGUGACCAAGUGAGAUUCAUAAGGGAGCCAGUUAUCCUCACUGGUUUUGUGAAUUAUUCAGUGUGGAGGGAAGAGAUCCUCCUCGCAGCGAGGCAAUCUCAUACAAUUGAUAUCAUAGAUGAGAGACAACUUGGACCCAAAGAGGAUGCCAGUGCUGAUAUGCAACGGUUUUGGAAAGAAUGCAAUAUGUGGCUGUAUAACUACAUGUGGUUUGCAAUCACUCUGCAAGCAAGAUCUUAUCUUGUUACACCCAAGGAACUAUCUGCCUAUGCUCUGUGGACAGCUAUAGAAGAUAUCUUUGCUGGGCGGCCUGCCAGCAAUGCCAACACUGCCAGCAAUGCCAACGAUGCCAACGAUGAUGUUGGUGAUGAUAUCAGCGAUACCAGUGAUGAUAGCGGCUACAGCAGUGUGGAUAUUGAUAUGGAUUCCAAGAUGGAAUGUUUGGAUGGAUCAAUGGAGGACAAUCCUACAAGUGAUAACAAUCCUACAAGCGAUAACAAUCCUACAAAUGAGGACGAUCCUGUCCUGAGCACCCUAACUGACCGCCCAACUACCGUGGCGGAAGCCAAAAGGAGCCCUGAUUGGGACUACUGGUAUGAGGCGAUGAAGAAAGAGGUCAGCAUGUUUGAGAACAAGCAGACAUAUAUUGUCGUUGAGAAGACCCCAGGCAUGGAUAUCUUAACUGGUAAAUGGGUGUUUGAUCGCAAGUUGAACAAUAAGGGAGAAACAAUCCGGUUUAGAGCUCGCUGGGUGGUUAGGGGAUUCCUCCAACAACAAGGAGUCCACUAUACAAAGUCGUACGCCGCGGUGGUAUCAGGACCCACGUCACGGAGCUUAUUCGCAAUCUCAACGGCAAAGGGGUGGAAGGCAAAGGCGAUCGACUACGUCUCCGCGUUCUUGAACGGCAUACUACCGCAGCACGAGAUGGUAUAUAUGCAACUGCCUACAGGGAUUAAGCACGGCAGGGGGGGCCUGGUUGGCCUGCUCCGCCAGAGCCUUUACGGGAUGAAGCAAGCAGCGAGGGUGUGGUAUUUCCUUGCGACGGAACACCUCACCACUCUAGGAUUCAAAAUCUCGCCGUACGAUGGCGGAUUCUUAUAUCACCCUAUUCGCAAGAUCUACCUGACAUUGCACGUCGAUGACUGUCGGGUAACGGGACCCCAAGAGCAGCAAUUAGACUGGAUAUUGGCAGAGAUUGCUAAAAGGUUUGAGACAAAGGAUGUCGAAGAGAACAAGCCCUACCUUGGAAUGGAAGUCAAACGUCAAAUGAACGGCGACCUAGCGGUUACCCAGAACCGUUAUAUCGAUGAGAUCCUUGAGGAUUUUGGAAUGGACAAGGUCAACCCGGCCAGCACGCCGAUGGCGGCCGGCAUACGCCUAGAAUUCUCACCAGAUGAAGAUAGCGGGUUAGAUGACGAUUUUACUGCUACUAGAUAUCGUCAAGGCUUAGGAUCGCUGCAGUAUUUGGUGUCAAGCAGCAGACCAGAUCUGGCAUUCGCGGUCAACUACCUCUCACGUUUCAACUCGCGUCCGCACAAGGAAUGCUGGGCAGCAUUAAAACACGUCCUACGCUACGUCAAGAAAACGAAGGAUCACGGAAUCCUAUACAAGAAGGAGAUGAUUGGGGGACUCAGUCCUGUCGCGUACAGCGACUCAGAUUGGGCAGGGGCAGACCCCCAAUACAAGUCAACUACAGGUUACAUUAUCCUGCUAAACGGAUCACCAAUCUCGUGGCGGUCGCAACGGCAGACCUCAGUUGCAAAAUCAACCACUGAGGCGGAGUAUAUCGCGGCAAGUGAGGCAGCGUGCGAAGUGAUCUGGCUGAAUGACAUGUUAUUUGAUGCUGGAUUAGUAGAAGGGAAAGCGAAGGUAUGCUCGCACCUGCGAGUUGACAACAAGGGCGCGAUAGAUCUAGCAAAAGGGGAGUCCUUGACAAGGAGGUCACGUAACAUCGAGAUCAGAUACCAUAUCCUUCGCGAUCUGGUUGAAAAAGGCGAAAUCAUGAUGGAACACGUUGGUUCUACGGCCAAUAUAGCUGACGGCCUCACCAAGCCACUGGCAAGGCCUGCCUUCGAAGAAUUUGUUAAGAGGAUUGGCUUAAUGGAAAUUGGCAAGAAGGGGUGA